AUGUUAGCGCAACCCACAAGACGUCAGCAUAUUGUACCACAACACUACUCGACCAUCCCGUCACCUCCUUCCUCACAACACCUUGCCUACCAGCAACUACCCCAACAGCGCUUCGCCACACAGCAACAGUUGUUUGACCAAAAGCUGCUCAACGACUACCUUGAGUCUCAGCAGCAGUCUUACAACACCCCUGUCAACGCGCCCAACUCUUUUAUGACGAGCGCAUACACCGACUUUGCAAGCCCGGCGAUUCGCGUCCAGCGGUCGACACCUACACCGCAGUCUCUAUCAAACAACUACCAGUCAUCCAUGCUCUCGAACGGCUGGAACACAUAUGGUAAUGUACAGAGCCAGUCACUGCAGACACCUGUACAGAACCAGAACCAAGGCCACCAGCGCGCAUCGUCCUCCUCAUCAGUAGGAUCCAGCGCUUCGCAGUACCAGACAGCAUCUGCUACCAGCUACCAGUCUUUCUCGAACCAUCUGCCUACUCCUUCGCACACACCUACUCAGGAAUCGUUCAUGAGCCAGGCCACCUACAACGACUACACACAGCAAGCCAGCAUGGACCAAACUAUGGCUGCCCAUAUGUCGAUGAAGCAAGCAUUGAUGGAUCAGGGUGACGAUGUGCCGGACUUCGCGCAUUCAGCGAGACAAUCAGUGUCCAGCUACGACUCACCUGCUACGCCGCACACGAACUUGGAUGAGGAGGCUAAGCCCGCAAAUGGUAAGCCUCUCUGCGAGGUCGACUCGUGGCUUUUCAACCAGUUCUGUUCUUACCAUAUACCAGACACAAGACAGCAGCCGAUCGUACCCAAGUUCGAGAGGACCUACACAGAUAUUGCUGCCGACAACUUCUACGACCCCAACGCUAUCUCUGCUCCCGCAGUGCAGCCCACAAAGCCGGCACAGCCAUCAUUGUUGUCGCCUUACCGCUCCAACGCUACAGAGAAUGUUCAGCGUGCGCUGCAGGCAGCGCAGUUGGCGCGAUCGCACUCGCCGAGCAGCACAGCAUCUCGCGGUGACUCUCCAUUUCGCAAGGGGUCGCCCUACCGCCAACCCAGCCAUACCUUCAACUCACCAAUGCUCGGCAAUGCUGCUGCGACACGUGAGCAGAACCGCCAGGCAGAUGCGGCAUACGCAAUGAAGCCACAGAUGCGGGCCGAGGAGUCCAUGGUAAAGACUAUUUCGCCGAAGGAUGCCCUUUUGGAUUAUCGAGAGGACGAAGACUCGAAGGUGCCAUUGUUCCCGGACAGUGGCGCAAACGAGUACGACAACCAAUACAACACUGGUGACCAAUACACAAGCGCCACCCAAUCCAGCUUCGAUACAGCAUCAGCACAAUCCUACCGACGUGACAGCUGGGCGGCACCACAGUUCACACCCAACUUCUCGACAUCAACUGCACCUUCGCUGCCAACGACAUCGAGUUUCAACUUCGUCACUCCUGCUAUACAGACCAGCAUGCCCAGCAUACCCAACAUGCCUAUGGGUGCUACAUCACAGUACCGCUCUACUCCAAUGACUUCUGCUGUGGAGCAGACACCCGAGUUCCCAGCUCAUCCUCACCUGACUUCUAUGGAGUCUAGUGCCAGUGAGGCAGAGCCUCCGAAUGGCAGCCAAUCGAGCGUCGAGCAGUUCUUACGCAAGCCCGCAAGCUCCGCCGCGGACUCCGGGACUUACUCUUGCACAUAUCACGGAUGCACACAGCGAUUCGAGACACCACAGAAGCUCCAGAAGCAUAAGCGUGAGGGUCAUCGGAAUGCAAAUCUCGGCCCCAGUAUGACAUCAGCGGCUAUCUUGGAUCGCAAUACCCAAGCGGGGCCGCACAAGUGUGAGCGCAUCAACCCCACAACGGGCAAGCCCUGCAACACAAUCUUCUCUCGACCAUACGAUCUCACUCGUCACGAGGACACUAUUCACAACGCUCGUAAGCAGAAGGUGCGCUGUGCACUUUGCGUCGAGGAGAAGACCUUCUCGCGUAACGAUGCACUAACAAGGCAUAUGCGCGUCGUGCAUCCUGAGGUGGAUUUCCCUGGAAAGCACAGGUCUCGCCGCGGUGGUGAUUGA